CCCGCGGCGCGGCCCGACGCGGCCCGACCCAAGACCAGUUUGAGUCGCGGAGGCGGAGGCGUCUCUCUAGAGUGCGUAUAGAGGAAAAGGCCCGGGCCAGACCCGUUCCGGUCCCACACGGGCCAGCCACCAGCAGCCCGCCGCCAGGCCAGGUCGCGAGGUGGUCGGGAGCGACAACAAGGUGGGCGAGUGCCGUGACGCCUAGCGCGCCGCAGGGAAGUGCAUCGCGACUGCUCGCUGGAGAAGCUCGAUGUCGACACGCGGAGCGACGCCGCCACAACAACGACGACGAGUAUCCAGCCCGAGCAGGAGAUAAAAGUCAAGCGUGGCCCCGGCUUCCUGCGGCUGCCCCGGCCCGCCAGGGCAACAGCUGAUUGAUCCCCUCCAGACACAUGUGGCGGGCUGCCGUCGCCGCUGACGCUGCUGACGCGUGCCGGACCGGACGAGCACGCGGCGCGCCGCCGUCGCAGUCGUGAUGUCGCUAUAGUCGGACCGACCAACGCUCUGGCAUGGACGGCUAAGCGAGAUACGCCCCCCGUGACCCCGCAGGGCCGUCGGCGCAGGGCGCGCCACGGCCAUGGCCUUGGGACCGACCGCCACCGCGGCCUGCAGCAGCGUGGCCUCCGGCAGGACCCCCAGCAGGUCCCCCAGCAGGACCCUUGGCAGGACCUCCAGCAGGACUCUCGGCAGGACCCCCGGCAGGACCUUCAGCAGGACCUCGGACAGGACCUCCAGCAGGACCCCCGGCAGGACCCCCGGCAGGACGAGGGAAGGGUUUGUCCUGCUGGCCCACCUGCUGACCGCCGUCUGCUACGCGCACCUUGCAACGGCAGAGGCGCACAUGACCGGCGCCAUCCCCUCGACAAGCGCGGUGAGUACUCUCACCUUCCUCCGCCGCUUCGGCUACCUCGCGGGCGGACCCUCACAGCCCGGCGUCGGAGUUGACGUCGGCGACAGGUUCGGCGUCGGCAACAGCAGCAACACCAUGGGCCGGCCAGACUCGGAGACGCUCUACACGGAGGAGGCCGUCGUGGGCGCCAUUCGGGAGGUGCAGAAGUUCGGCGCCCUCCCCCAGACCGGCGUCCUGGACGAGGCUACCGUAAAGCUCAUGAAGUCCAGGAGGUGCGGCUGCCCCGACGUGGUGCGACCCCCGGGGCCGGACGAGCCUGCGCACGGCCACCCCUACCGGGACGGGCGGAGACACAAGAGGUUCGUCGUGGCCUCCAAAGGCUGGAAGAAGAGGCACCUCAAGUACUACAUCGCGAACUGGACCCCAAAGAUUGGCGAGGAGGCCGUCAACGCCGAGAUGGUGAAGGCCUUCGACGCCUGGAGCGCGUACGGUCGGCUGCGCUUCACCCGGGUCCGCCAGCCCGGCGACGCCGACAUCACCGUCGCCUUCGGCCGCGGCCAGCACGGGGACUGGUUCCCCUUCGACGGCCCAGGAGGCAUCCUGGCGCACGCCUUCUACCCCUACGAGAUGGCCACGUACGGCGGGGACAUCCACUUCGACGAUGACGAGAAGUGGGCCGCCAACCCCAACAGCACCGAGGUCUACAACGGGGCCGUGGACUUGUUCCUGGUGGCCGUGCACGAGCUCGGACACAGCCUGGGACUCGGCCAUUCGCCGGACCCAGACUCCAUCAUGUUCCCCUACUACCAGGCCAAGGGCAACUCGUUCGCCCUGGGCCAGGACGACAUCAUGGGCAUGUACGAGCUCUACAUCAAGAGGCCGCUGGAGGAGGACAACGAGACGCCAGACAUCUCGUUUGGGAAUGACCCUCCCCCGAGACCCACCAGCACGACGACGACGACCACCCCGAGGCCCGUGAGAACCACGACCAGGAGGAGGCCUCGUCCGACCACGACAACGACCACCACGACGACGACCACUACCACGACGCCGCGGCCCCGUCGUCCGCCCCCACCGCACCACCCACACCACCCGCACCAUCCGCAUCACCCGCACCGGCCGCAGGCACCGCCGAUCGUGCCCACGUUCUCCGGGGACGACGAGACGGUGGAGGAGCACAAGAAGCACGACGACAAGCACAAUAUCCCGCCCCCACAGGCAGGCCCUGCAGGCCCCGGAGGGAGCCCCGGUGGGGGCAGUGCUGGCAGCGGGGAGGACAACGAGGUCCCCGACCUCUGCAGCGGCAGUUACGAUGCCGUGGCGCAGCUCCGCGGGGAGCUCUUUGUCUUCAAGAGGCAGUACCUGUGGCGCCUUCGGCAGCCUGGCGAGGUCAUGCGCGGGUAUCCUGUGCCGCUGCACCGCAUGUUCCAGGGACUGCCAGAGUACGCCAACAGGCUGGAUGCCGUCUACCAGCGCGACGAUGGCAACAUUGUCCUCUUCUCAGGUCCUCGAUACUGGGUUUACAAUGGAGUAAACUUUGUAGAGGACAGUCCUCAGCAUAUAGCUCGUUAUGGACUUCCCCACAACAUAGACCGCAUCGAUGCUGUCAUGAUAUGGGCAAAAAACAGAGCGACAUAUUUCUUUAGAAAGUCUGAGUUUUGGCGAUACAAUACGACCACCUCUCGUAUGGAUCCUGGGUACCCCAAAAGGAUCUCUUCAAGUUGGAAAAGAGUACCAGAUGAGAUUGAUGAUGCUAUGACAUGGACAGACGGGAUCACCUACUUUUUUAAAGGAGAUAAUUACUACACAAUUAACAACAAACUUGUCACUGUGCAAAGUGAAGGAAACGCAGCUCAGUUCUGGUUUGGCUGUUCAUAGUUCUUACAUCCCCCCAAAACCAGUGCAAAUCCUCCAUAAAAUCUACAUUGUACAUAGAAGAGAUCACUUCAGUUCAUUAGACAUUUUAAAAAUCAGUGCCACAUAUUCAAUAUUUUACUUUUGUAGAUAAAAAUUUCUUGACCAGUUGCGGGCCACUGCAAGUUCAUAAUUUACAAUUCACAGAGCUGAAGUCACGGCCUGAAAAGAAAAUUAAAAUAAAAAAGAAAAAGAAUCAAAUAGAGAUUUUUAAAAAAUGGAGCUUUAUUUUCCUAAUAAAAGCAUUGAAGUUUAAAUAAUAGAACAAGUACAAAAAUACUUCAGUUGAAAAAAUGAUAGGAUAAAUACUGAAACCAACAAACCAAAGAUCAUGAAAACAAACCAGCACAAGAGUUUACAAAAAUUGUGAACUUCCACUUGCAUUCAACAACAAUUUCAUACUUGGAUUUAGCAUAAUAGUUGAUACCAGCAACUUCAACAUUUAAAAAAUAUAACAGUCGUAAAAAUUGGAACA